AAUUGAACAUUAAUCAGAGCACUUGUGUUUUAUUCCCGCUUCGUUUAUAUAUUUAUAUUUCAGCUACGAAUCCGGUUCCCACAAGUUUGACAAAGGAAUUGCUGGCUUGAUAAAGCGUUCACUACGACGACUCUGAAAAUGAGAAAAUAAUUAAAUUUAUCCUCAUGUAAAUCAUUUAAGAAAGAAAUGAAAAUCUCACCAACAAUUGCCCACAAGCAUAACAACGAGUCGGUGACAAUGGACGACUACUGGAAGGACUAUGUGGAACUGAACUUUCAGAUUCAGAUAAAUGUCGGCAAAGUGCUUCACGACGUUCUACUUCCAGCUGUGAUUGUUGAAGAAUAGAAUUUCGUUGAUUUUGAAUUAAUUGACGUUGAUGUUGUUGUCUUAUAUAAUUUUCUGCUGCUUUAAUCAG